CCAGAAUUGAGAGCCAAGUGCAAAGUAGAAGUCACCAUGCGUUCAACUCUUGCGCUAACAGUGGUCGUCCUGGUUGUCCUGUCGUCGCAGGUGACCACCUCGCCCACGAGCAGCUCCUCCACCUCGCCCACGAGCAGCUCCACCUCGCCCACGAGCAGCUCCUCCACCUCGCCAACGAGCAGCUCAUCAUCCAACACAACGGUCACCACCACGACCACAACUGCCGCGACCACCACCUCCAGCGUCACCGAGGAGUCCACGAAGAGGCAUCGCCACAGGCACCGCCGCAGGCACAGCCGCAGGAGGAUCAUCAUCAUUCGACGAGUUGGCGGAGGUGGAGAAAGGCGCCGCAGGACUCGCGAUGGUGCUGAUGGUGGUGGCCGUGCCGGGACCCGCAUCCGUGUGCGCGAACGACGCGCCGUUCGUCGUGUUGCCCGCUUGUGAUGAUACAUUACUGGAACACUAAAUAAAUAUGUGCAAACAAAA